CUCCUUAUAUCAUUAUUACUACACCCACAGGAAUUUACAUCUGCAGGUAAGAUGUGUUUAAAACGGAGAGUGAAAGACUACAGUUAAAGAAGCCAGGCGAGGGAUUCCAGCUGACCCCUGCACAAAAGAGAAGGAAAAAGACAGGAUAGUGCAGGUAACUCUUGAAUGUUGUGAAGCUCAUCAUUAUGUGGAUAUUCCUUCUUCUGGCCUCUCCAUACCUCCUGGUUGCACAAAGAACCUGUCUGCAUGGGGCCUGCUACCCACAUGCACAGGAUCUUCUUAUAGGAAGAAUCCAUUAUUUGAAGGCCUCCUCCACCUGUGGACUUACCCAACCUGAAACUUCCUGUACUCCAUAUGGAGAAUGGCAAAUGAAAUGUUGCCGAUGUGAUUCCAGAAUCCCUCAUGCAUUCAACAGUCACCGGGUGGAAAAUGUUCUCUCUUCUACAGGACACAAGCGUUGGUGGCAAUCUCAGAAUGAUGUGAAACAUGUUUAUCUCCAACUGGAUUUAAACAAUAAAUUUCAGCUUGCUAAUCUCCUGCUGGAUUUCAGGAGUCCUUUGCCAGGUGGCAUGGUGAUUGAGCGUUCUACUGAUUUUGGUACAACGUGGAAGAUCUAUCAGUACUUGUCCACAGACUGUUCUACUACUUUUCCCUGGAUCCCCAAGAGCUUGCCUCAGAAAUGGCAUGAUGUCCGUUGCCAGGACAUACAGAGUCAACAUAGACAACCUCAGAAUGGGGGAAAGAUUAAGUUCAACCCUGUAGACCUUCUAUCAGGGCUGAUGACAUCUCAAAGCCAACGGAUUAACAAUCUGGCUGAAUUCACCAAUCUGAGAAUCAACUUCACACAGUUUACUCGCUUUCCACAUCAGGGGUACCGCUUACCCAGUGCUUUCUAUGCCUUAAAUGAGAUGCAGGUGGAAGGGAGUUGUUUUUGUCAUGGGCAUGCAGACCGCUGUGCUGCUCCUGAUGCCUCUUCUGGAGAGUCUAGGGCUAUGGUUCAUGGGAAUUGUGUAUGCCAACACAAUACUGCUGGGCCAAACUGUGAUCACUGUGCAUCUUUUUAUAAUGACCAGCCAUGGAGACCUGCAGAAGAUGAUAAUCCUAAUGAAUGUCGUAGAUGCAAUUGUAAUGGACAUUCCCACAAAUGUCAUUUUGACCUAAGUAUAUACCAAGCAAAUGGGGGAAAGAAUGGGGGUGUAUGUGAAGAUUGCCAGCACAACACAGCAGGGAGGAACUGUGAACUUUGCAAAAUAAACUUUUUUCGUAACCGACGCUUUGAUCUUGGCCAUCCAGAGGUCUGUCUCCCUUGUGAGUGUGAUCCAGAUGGUACUGUUCCUGAUUCUAGCUGUGACCGCUUGAAUGGUCAUUGCGUCUGUAAGGAAAAUGUGCAAGGAGAUCGUUGUCAUCUUUGCAAACCUGGCUUUACUCAGUUGACCAACUCUAACCCCCAAGGUUGCCAUGAGUGUGCCUGCAACAUCCUGGGUAGUCGCAGAAAUAUGCCCUGUGAUGAUGAAAGUGGACGCUGUUUCUGCCUUCCUAAUGUGGUGGGAGAGAAGUGUGAUGAGUGUGCUGCGAAUCACUGGAAAAUCGCAAGCGGGGAGGGCUGCUGGCCUUGCAACUGCCACCCUCAGAAUUCUCUCAGCCUUCAGUGCAACCAGUUUACAGGGCAAUGUCCAUGCAGGGAAAGUUAUGGUGGACUGACAUGCUCUAGUGUUGAAGUACAGGAAUGUCCACACCACACAUUUGGAAAUGUUAGGACUGGAUGUAGAGCUUGUGACUGCAAUUUCCAAGGCACAGAAGUAAUGGGCUGUAACAAACUGACUGGUAGCUGCCUUUGCCGCUCUGGGUUCACAGGACCCCAGUGUAACCAGUGCCAACGGGGCUACUGCGGCAACUAUCAUCACUGUGAGGCAUGCCAUCCUUGUUUCCAAGCCUAUGAUGAUGACAUUCAAAGGUUUGGUUUACGUCAGGCCGCCUUGAAAAAUUCAACACAGCACUUGCAAAUAGGGACAAUAACCUCUGGCUUCAAUAGCCGUCUUUUAGAAGUGGAAAGAAAAAUUCAGCAUAUUCAACAGACGUUGGACAAUCCCCUCAUUACUGAGCAGGGACUGGACCAGGUGGCCAAUACCAUUGCUACAAUAAGGCAGACCGUUGAAGGUUUAAGCUCUGAAAUACUUUUUGAGGAUGAAGUUUCUUCCCUGUCCAUAGAAAUGGAUGCUCUUGAUAAAAGCCUGCAUCUAAUCACUGAACAAUAUCAAAAUAAGAAGGCCGAGUUUGAAGCCAGCCGCAGCAUAGAUCUCUCAGGGGCAUUCAAGACUAUCAGGUCUGCACAUCUCACAUCCUCCAAUGCCAGUGUACGCAUAGCUGAUUCUUCUGGACUGCUUGCUCAGUCUCUGGAAAACAGGAGAAAUGCUGAAAGGCUUGAAAGUGGUCUUAUAGACCCUGAUUCAGGAUUUGAAGUACUGCAGAAUAAAAUGGCUGUCACACCCAACUUGACUCCAGUAAUUAAUAAGGUUUGCAGUGUUGUGAGAUCAGAAGUUUGCACUCCUAGUGAAUGUAUCGGGUAUCUGUGUCCUCAUCAAAAUGCAAAUGAAUGUAGCUCAGGUCUGAACUGCAGAGGGAUCCUUGCACUUUCAGGGAGUUCCAUCCAAACUGCUAGGAAAACCGCCCAAGAAUUCCGCAAUUUCAAUAGUCAACUUCAGGGGACUGAACAAAUGAUUAGAGCUGCUGAAAUAACUUCCAGCAAGAUUCAGACUAAUGCCCAAAACCUGAGGAAUCAAAUGAGCAUCAUCAGGACACAGAUAGAGGCAGACAUCCAGCGCACUCAACAGUCCAUCCGUCAAGUUCGCAGCUUCCUAACAGAUCCAGACGUUGAUGCUACCACGAUUCAGCUAGUGAGCAAUUACAUCCUGUCCCUUAAUCUUCCAAUUGACACUGGCACAAUUCUCAGUAAAAUCACUGAGAUUCAGAAUUUGAUUGCUAAGCUGCAAUGUCCUGACAGCAUCAUUGCCCAAACUGCUGGAGACAUAGCUAAGGCCAAACAGCUUCAGCGGGAGGCUGAAGAAGCCAGGAACCAGGCCAGUACUAUUGAGGGCAAUGUAGAUGAUGUGCUGCAAAAGCUGAAACAAGGAGAAAUAGCACUUCAAGAAGCUGAACUUACUAUUCAUGACUCUACUUUUCCCCUUCAGCGUAUCCAAACUCGCCUUGAUGAAAUCCAGACUAUCCUCACUCCAACUCAGGUGAAUGUGCGGGACAUCACCAAUCAACUGGAUAGUUUCACUGAGACACUUGUCCAGCUACAGCACAAGGCAAACCAGAAUCAGGUAUUGGCCGCAGAUGCUCAGCAACAAGCAACAGAAGCUCAUAAACAAGCAAAAAGCACUCAGCAGGUAUUUGAACAAUUGAAUGGCAAAUACAUUGACCUGAAGAGACGAAUGGGACAAGGGUCAAAUUUAGGCAUUCAAGGUGACCGAAUUCAAACUGCCCACACAGAGGCCAACACAUUGUUGAAUGAAGCCUUGAAUAUGAUGGCCAAAAUGGCUGCUUUAGAAACAGAGCUACAGGAGAGUAACAAUGAAUUCAUCCUCAAGUCAGCCAGGCUGGAAGGUCUGGAAAAGAAAGUGGAAACAAUUCGUGAUCAUAUCAGUCAACGAGUUGCAUAUUAUGCCAGUUGCACAGAUUAGAACAGUUUCUGCUUUUAUUUAAAAAGCUAGCUUUGAAACAUUGCUAUAGGUCAAGCUUUAGAAAAAAAAAGAAGUGGAUGUACUAAUUUAUUUCUUGUAGCGCUCCAAGACUCCCUUAUAUUUAAAAUUAACCUCUUGAAUUCAGAUGUUCUGAUAGCAUAUUUUUUAAAAAAAUGGCAGAUGUACUUUUGCAUAAAUUCUAUCCAAGCAAAAUCUGGAUUCUAGCAAGAUUAAGAAAGCAAUAUAAAUAAAUAAUGGUGUCUGUUUCUUAGAUCUCAUAGCCUAUUGUAAGACUUUUUAUUUUUUGUCCACUACUAGUUAUUUUUAGUAAUGUAAAAUAGCUGUUUGCAGAUAAACUACUGCAAGAAAUAAAUCUGACACUAAGAGAUUGGUGACCUGUAUUAGUCUAUCAAUAAAUAACUAUCAGGCAUUUAAGAACCAACAAACUUUAUUGAACAAUGUAUAUUACGUGUACUAUUCCAGAACUGACAAGUAGAAAUUAAUGAAUGAAGUAGAGAUGGUGCUCCCUUCCUUCCUGUAGAAUCAAUUCAUGCAAACUGUGCUGGAACAAAUGGCAAUGUCAACAAGCAUUCUUAGCAAAUUGCUUCUGUAUCAUGAAUUAAAGGGCCACAAGUAAGCCAGCAUGGGAUAUUUUCUGCUUCGGCCAAGUGCUCUAAGGGACUCAAUGCAAAAAUAACACUGCACACCUUGCAAUUGCUCUUUAUUCUACUGAACAAGCACAGAUGUACAAACAUGUAUCCCAACAGUUUGAUCAUGUUUAUCCACUGAUUACAGAACCUUUCUUUAAAAAUUGUUUUCCAGUUUAUAUGAAACAAUCCUCUUAAUUCAUAUAAUUCAAUCAUAUGAACUCUCAGUUCUAUGGAUGUGCUUUAAAGAAAAUAUCAGAUGUGGGCAUCUAGGAACACAGUUCUCCAUGGCAUCGUUCAAGACAGGCCUUCCCUUUCUGCACGGUUGAUAUUUGACUUGUAAGUUUUCAAUAGGAGUAUCAAGCAGCCCUUCUGAAAAGAGAGUGAAAAGUAGAAUUCAUUUGAUGUGCAUUUUAUUGGAAAAACGUUUUCCAGGAAAUCUUGGUUUCUUUUGAAAAAAAGAUUUGUAGAGAUUUGUCAUUCUUACCUAACAGAUACUGAACUAAGUUGGCAAAAACUAUAUAGUGUUGUGCAAAGUAUAAUAAUUUCCAACUGAAGGUUCAAGCAUCUGUUUUCAUUUGCUUAUUAAACUAAACUGAUUAGCAGAGUUGCUAUACUUAUUUAUGCUGUUAUUAAAAUGAUAAUUACAAAAUCUCAUAAAAAUCCAUUUCUUUUUUUAACUUAUAUUUCAUUGGGUUAUAGAAGAGCAAACAAUAACAUCAAUAAAAAUUACCAUUAUUUUGGUGAAAUCUAUAAAAGAUAUCUAAAAGCUAGUGUUGCUAAUACAAUAUGAUAGUAAAAUAGUAACAUCUAUAUAUAAACAUUCUUAAUAUUGAGAUUAUAAGUGGCAAAAACAAUAUAUAAUAUAAAAUAUGAUUAAAUAAUGGGAAAAUAACAAUUUGUCAGUUCAUAGUAGCCAUCUGGAAGAAAGCACAUCCUAGAUAAUCUUAUGGCCUGUGAUGGAAUGUAGCAAGCUGGAUUUCAAGGAGGGAAGGGGUGAAUUCCAGUGAAAUAAAUAUUUCAGAUAUUUUGUGUGAGAGAAAGAGGGUGAAGACAGUAGAGCAGGGGUCCCCACUCUUGGCCACUUUAUGACUUGUGGACUUCAACUCCCAGAAUUCCUCAGCCUUCUGGAAGUUGAAGUCCACAAGCCAUAAAGUGACCAUAAAGGGACCCCUGCAGUAGAGUGUUUAAUCUGGUAAAAUUCUAUCUAUAGGUGUGGAAACAAUAAAGAACUCAGCUUGGAAGAAU